AUGAAUAAUGGCUUUUGGGGAUGUAUUAAAGUGCAUAGGUCUCCAAAUUCUAUUUGGCUUGAUUCUGAAAUAGAAUUAUUCCAACAAAUAUCGGAUCAAAUAAGUUUAGCUAUUACUUACACAACAUUAUUAGAAGAAAAUUCCGAAAAAGAAAUUCAAAUAAAAGCUGCUGAAGUUGCAAAACUUACUAAAAAUCAAAUAUUAGCCAAUACUUCUCAUGAAUUACGAACUUCAUUAAAUACAAUGGUGGGUAUCCUUUUUUCUUUUGAUAGGUCCACCGUUACAGCUAAUCAAAGCGACAUAAUUGAUAUCAUGACACGCACAUUUGAUAUAGUGAUAUCUAUUGCAAAUGAAAUUGUUAAUACAGCAAAAUUAGAAGCACAAAAAGUCACUCUAAUAAAUAGAAAAUUUGAUUUAUUAGAAUUAUUUGAGAAUACUAUUGAAGAAUUUGGAUAA